AUCAUUUUCAAUACCAUUUCUCAUUCUUUGGCAAGUCUUUGACAUCACACUUUCAUCUUUUUUUCAACUAAAUUAUGAAGUAACUUUGUGUAUCUUAAAAUUCAUUUAAUUCCUUCUUUCAAAUUUUCAUUUUUGGCUAAAUUUUUAAGUUUUAAAGUGUUUUGUAUAAUUCUUGGAUUAAAAUGGGCUCAGAGAAACGUUAUUGUGGAAACAUCCUGUGGAUGAUGGAGUUUGUGGUGGACGAUCUGCUGAUUACACGCCAGAAUAAGUGUGCGCCAGAGGAGUAUCCCACCUGUGUUGAGAUCACCUUCCGGUCGUCGGUCUACGUGAGUGUCUGCGACCGGGAAUACGGCUCCUGCGUGAAUCCCCUGUCGCCCAAGUGCGGCAAGUGCGUAGUUUUCACGCUAGACUCUCCGGUCAAAGAGGAGGAUAAGCUUUUCAUACACGUUUACAAAAAACGCUCGAACUGCAAAUAUUUGCUUGGAAUGACCGAGAUGAAGGCCAAACCUAUCUUCGAUCGGGUGAAGACAGACUUUGAUGCUAUAAAUCCCGACUGGCAGGCGGGCAUAAUGCACAAUGUGAUCACUAGACCCAAUCUAAGGAAGGGAUGCAAGCCCAACAUUUGUGCCUGCUAUGGCGCAGUGCCGGAACGUCCGGAGUCAUACUGCGCCACCUCGGAGUUGACCAAGCGGCUGUUGCCGCUGUUCAAUCAAUGCAAGAUGCAGACUGGGAAUUUGAUUCUAAUCAUGAGAGUGGUCUGCAAUGGGCCAGCCGUCAUCUCAACAUUUCCAUUCCAGUCCCCAAAGACCAAGUGCCCGUGUCUAGGAUGUCCUUGAGUGGAAUUUUAAAUGAAAUUUUUAAAAUAUCAAUUUAUAUAGUCAAGGACUACGAAAUAUAAUAAACAGAAUUUUAUUUACAAAA